AAAAAAAAAGAAGCUUGAUGAAGAACAACAAAACAUGUCACGUGACUGUGCGGAAAUUUGCCAAACAGCGGCAAGAUGGCAUCGCACUCGGGAGGAGGCGAUCAAGGUAAAAAUGAGAUACUGGAAGUUGGAGCUGUUUUGUUAAAAGAUUUCAUAUAUGAGCGAGUCAGAAGACAUGGGGAAGGCAAUGCUGUGGUUACAAGGGAGCAGUUAGGAGCAAGAGAGCUGUGUGACCCAAAGCACAAAAGACUUGCCCAGUGUCUCCAGCAGAUCGGCGAUGAACUGGAUGGAAAUGUGGAACUGCAACGGAUGAUAUCGGACUCGUCACUAAGUCCAACAAAGGACAUUUUUAUGAAAGUUGCCAUUGAGAUAUUUUCAGAUGGAAAAUUCAACUGGGGAAGAGUAGUUGCACUAUUCUACUUUGCCUGUCGACUUGUUAUUAAAGCUCUUCUGACUCAUGUUCCUGAUAUCAUUAGAACAAUUAUCAGCUGGACCCUGGACUACCUCCGUGAACAUGUGAUCAACUGGAUCAGAGACCAGGGAGGCUGGGAAGGAAUUCGUUCUCAUUUUGGCACUCCCACAUGGCAAACGGUGGGUGUAUUCCUGGCUGGAGUUCUCACCACUGUUCUUGUAAUUCGUAAAAUGUGAAGAGGAUGAAGAAGAAAUGGAUAAAGGAUUGAAGACUUGUAGACAGUUGACCAGGACAAAAGAAACAAUAAGAAGCUAUACCAUGUGCAUGAGCUUCACUCUUUUCUCCUGCCUGGGGGUUAUUAGAGGGAUCAGGAGUUGGACUGGACGUUUGUGGCAUACUUCUGAAUGCCGUUAGAAUCAAGCGGUGCAUGAAUCACUGCAGACUGCAACAGUGUGAGGUUGGCAGAUGGCAAUGGAAAUACAUUUUUAGUAAUUUAUUUUUUAUGGUACCAAAAUAAGAAUUGUGACUGCAGACCGUUUUCUUGUAGAAUGAUACAGGACAGGUUGAAUGAAAUCAGAUUCAGUUAUAUUUUCAUUUGCAUCGUUUUGUUUCACUUUGUUAUUCUCAGCUUCCUCUUUAUCAUGGUGUCUGUAUGCAACCUCAUGUAUUUGUGAUUACUGGUGUAUACCAACAUGAUGUGACUAAAAAAGAUGACAGUAAUUUGAGAUUAUUUUAUAAUUGCCCAAAUAAAAAUGUAAGAAAUUGUCUAUAGUCACUGCAUGUAUUGAAAAAGUUUUAUGCUCAUAAUAUGGAUUAAUAUGUUCAAUGUGUAAACUGAAAUUCUUCCCUUUUGUUUUUGUCACGUGGUCAUUUGUCGUGGCCUAAAUGUUUCCAUUUUACAAGAAUUCUGCCUGUAUGUUUUUUGCUUUGUGAUGCAGAGCAAUGAGUUAUUUCCUGUUGGAAACCAGGCAGUUGCUCUGUAAAGAAAGUGCACUGGAUUGCUCACAGAUGCUUACCUCACCUUUUAUAAGUACUGUAUAUUGUGAGCUAUUCAAACAAUCACUCAAGCAAAAUACCUUUGAUAUUAUUUGGUUGUCAGUUGUCAGUGCCUUCAUGUUUUUUUUUUUAUACUUAAACUUUGAUAUUUCAAAUUUUUCACAUUUUCUACCACAUUUGUAAUGAUUAAGAUUUUCUCCCUGAAAUCCCGUUGCAGUGACUUUGUAUGUUGUAAACGGAAAAUAAAAGCUUUAAUAAUUAUAGUAAA